AUGGUUGCCUCUGCUGUCCGAAUGCGCAUUCCCAGCGCCAUGUUGUCGAAAGGCGGCCUCUGCGUGAGGCGGCCUCAGGUUAUUCACAGAUUCAAGGACGCUGUCCAACCUCAAUUGCCUGCCUUAUCCGCCCUCUCCCGUUUCUAUGCCUCCAAGUCCUUCCCCCCUCACACCAUCAUCAGCAUGCCUGCCCUCUCGCCCACAAUGUCCGCAGGAAACAUUGGAGCUUGGCAGAAGAAGGCCGGCGAUUCCCUAUCGCCGGGUGAUGUUCUCGUGGAAAUCGAGACCGAUAAGGCACAGAUGGACUUUGAAUUCCAAGAGGAGGGUGUCUUGGCCAAGGUUCUGAAGGAGACUGGUGAGAAGGAUGUGGCUGUCGGCACUCCUAUCGCCGUCCUUGUGGAGGAAGGAACAGAUGUCGCCCCCUUUGAGAGCUUUACUCUGGAAGACGCCGGUGGUGAUAAGGGAGCUGCUCCCGCCAAGGAGAGCAAGGAGGAGCCCAAGGCUGAGGCUGCACCAGCCCCCUCGACGCCCGAGCCUGCACCCGCCGCUCAGGAACCUGAGACAUCUACUGAGAAGCUCCAGCCUAGUCUUGACCGGGAGCCCAACAUCAGCCCUGCUGCCAAGGCAUUGGCCCUGGAGAAGGGUAUUCCGAUCAAGGCUCUCAAGGGUACUGGACGCGGUGGUCAGAUCACCAAGGAAGAUGUGGAGAAGUACAAGCCUAGCGUUUCCGCCGCCGCCGCCCCUACAUAUGAAGACAUCCCUCUCACAUCUAUGCGCAAGACCAUUGCUACCCGCCUGCAGCAGUCGAUGAGAGAGAACCCUCACUUCUUCGUUUCGACCACUCUGUCCGUUACCAAGCUACUGAAGCUCCGCCAGGCUCUCAACGCUUCUGCUGAGGGCAAAUACAAGCUCUCCGUCAACGACUUCCUUGUCAAGGCUUGUGCCGCCGCUCUUCUGAAGGUUCCUGCGGUCAACUCGAGCUGGCGCGAGGAGAAUGGCCAAGUUGUCAUCCGCCAGCACAACACCGUUGAUAUUAGUGUUGCCGUUGCCACUCCUAAUGGUCUUAUUACUCCCGUUGUCAAGAACGUACAUGGUCUUGGCCUUUCCAGCAUCUCUAACCAGAUCAAGGAUCUCGGUAAGCGCGCUCGGGAGAACAAGCUCAAGCCUGAGGAGUACCAGGGUGGUACUUUUACCAUCAGCAACAUGGGCAUGAACCCUGCUAUUGAGCGGUUCACCGCUGUCAUCAACCCCCCUCAGGCUGGUAUUUUGGCCGUUGGCACCACCCGCAAGGUUGCAGUUCCGGUUGAGACUGAGGAGGGUACAUCUGUUGAGUGGGACGACCAGAUUAUCGUGACUGGCAGCUUCGACCACAAGGUUGUCGAUGGUGCUGUUGGUGCUGAAUGGAUCAAGGAACUGAAGAAGAUUGUUGAGAACCCCCUUGAGCUUCUUCUGUGA